AUGCAGGAGAAAGAAGGGAAGAAGAAGAAGAGCGGCGGGUUCCUGGGAGGGCUGCUGCGCAACCGCAGCCUGGCAAUCCGACGAGGGUCCCGGGCCACAGUCGACGAUGAAGACACGUCGCGCGAUGGUGCUGACUCGUCAAAGGGGACACGUUCAAGAAACGGCGACGACGACGACGCCACCGCUCCGCGCAGAAGCCCGCAUGGGCCCGCGCUAAAAGACCGUCCCCGCUCGCGUCGCCGGGCCAGACACCCCGAUCACCCGGAGCCGGGGCCGGGGCCGGGGCUGGCAUCGGGGCCGAGUUCCGGGUCGCCGGCCCACAAGACAGGGAGGAAGAGCAGUGGCAAGGGCAAGGGCAAGGCGGUUGAGGAAAGCGACAACGGCGAUGCCGGCGGGUCUGCUUCCGCCUUGACGAGGAAGGGGAAUGAGUGGCCGCCCCGAGGCAUGCCAAGCGACGGCCAUCUAUCCCGGCAGCGCGCCCGGGAGCUCAUCUGCCGCGGCGCGCCGACGCACAGGGGACGCCGACAAGCCGUCGCGCACGCACCAGACCACUGCCACGCCCUCUACGCCACGACGUCUUGCGCCGGCGGAGGCACUGACGCGGCCGGCCUGCACGACUCGAUGACGCAGCUCAUGACUCUGAGGCUGGCGGGUCGAGGCCCGGCCGAGCACCCGUGGGAGACGCUGGAACAGCCAAGCUACGGCUUCCACUUUGGCGAGCGCCCGGGGACCGUGACGCUGAACCACUGGGCGUCGAUGGCGAGCGUGCUGCCGCCGGCGCUGACGCUGCGCGACCCGGGCGUCGAGCCGCGGACCAUGGACCUGGCGCGUAUCCUCGGCCGGCUCCAGGAGCUCGAGGCCGGGCUCGAGGACGACGACGAGGACUUGCUUUACCGUAUCCUGUACCGGCGGAUCCUGCGCGACCCGGACCGCUAUGUGAGUCCACACCGGACGCUGGACCGGCAGAUGACGGACCUGAUCUUGGUGCUGUCGCGGCCCGGCUGGAUCGACUUUACCGACCCGGAGAACCAGGUGCCGACGCGCUUCCUCCUCGCCGACCACGAGGGCACGUACCGCCGCUUCCUGCACCAGCUGCUCCUCAGCCUCGAGCUCGAGCUGCGCAUCAACGCGCCCCAGCACGGCGACUAUGCCAAGGAGAAGCUGCUGCGGCAGAUACCGCCGACGAUCCAGUGGGGGCUCGCGCUGGCCCGGCGCUGGCGGGAGCACGUGCGGGUCGAGGCGUACGGCACGACGCCGAAGCAGACCAGAUUGAGAUACAAGCUCAAGCGACGCCAGGUCAAGAUGCUGAGACGGUUCGCGCAGAUGAUCAAGUGGCCCAACCUGGGUGCGACGCUCGGCAGGCUCGCCCAGGUGGACGAAGAGGGGCGGCUCGAUUCUCUCGGCGCCGAUGCGUUUGCGUUUUUCAGCGGCCUUGUGCUACCUGGUCCCACAUUCCCCUUUCUCAUCAUGAACACGCUCAUCGACAUGGACCCGGAUCGGGCAACAAACGACCUGGCGCGGCUUUCGGCGACAACAGCGUCGACUUCGAGCCAGCACUGCGGCUUCCAGUACCGCAGCAGCCACACGUACUGGUCGGCGGGCUGCAUCGUCGGCAAGGUGCUGGCGCCGACGUGCCGCGGCGUGGCCGGGUGGGUGGGGCCGGGCCGGCCGACGGCGGACCUCGGGCGGACGCAGACGGUGCGCAUCCGGAGCCGGCGGCCGCGGGACCGGGGCAAGGGGAUGGCCGCCGCCGACGUGGAGAGCAUGGAGGAGCGGUCGGAUCCGCUGGGGCCGGAGGCCGAGGCGUAUCCCGUGGGCGACUACGAGCUGGCGGAGCCGCAGACGGAGAGCGGGUUUGUCGUUGACGCAGUGCGCAUGGAGCUGCUGGGGUUCAAGCCCGUGAUGGCGACGGGGACUACGAGCACGACGACGAUGGAUACGACGGCAACGGCAUCCUCGGCAGUGGCGGCGUACGACGCCACGAUCCAGUUCGCCAUCGACGGCCUCUCGUGGCCGCUGCGGCUCAUGUACGAUGUCGACUUCGUCGCGGCCUGGCCGUGCUCCCACGGGCCGCACCCGCUCUUCUUCGACUACGUCUUCCGCACCGUCCGCGUAGACGAGGUUGUGCGCGUGCGGGACUGGGGCCGCGGAGGAGGACGGGGGCCAUGGACGAACGGCAACGCACGCGCGGCCGACGACGAAGACGUGGACGACGAAGAGGUGCUGGUGGUGGAGGCGUUUGGCGUCCGCGACAAUGAGGCGCUGGCGAGGGCGUGGUGCUCGCAUUGGGGGCUGAGCGCCGUGGUGGCGGAUGUCGACAGGACCUGCUUGGCGUGUGCCAUCAGAGAGGCAUAUUCCGCGACGCUGACGGUUGUCAUCUUGGUCGACGACCGGCUUCGGGAUGUGGAAGACGGGUGA